AAGAACUCGAGCAAUCUGACACCCGAGAGCGCGUUCCGAAAGCUCCAAGCGCGUGAAUCGCACAGGUGAAUGGAGACGUGCAACGAGUGAAUUGACGAAGUUCACGCUCGUCAUACUUGAGGACUGAUCCCUUCUCUUCAUCAACGACUGCACACCGGCCGAAAGAUCACUCUCCUCUCGCCGAGCAGCAAUUCCGAUCCGAUGGCUUUCUCGAGCGCCAACAGCGCGGCAAACCCUACCCAGGGCGACCUCAAAGGCGACGUCGAGGUUGCGAACCCUCCCACCGACAGCGUUUCUGCCCUGCGCUUCAGCCCUGCCGCUGACUACCUAUCCGUAUCGAGUUGGGACAACAAUGUGAGGAUAUACGAGGUCAAAGAGAAUGGAACGACGGAAGGAAAGGCAAUGUUCAGUCAUGAGGGCCCCGCGUUGAACACAUGUUGGAGUGGGGACGGUACAAAAGUCUUCGGAGUUGGCGCGGACAAAGCUGCGCGAAUGCUUGAUCUCGGAGGCGACAUCACGAAACCUACACAAGUCGCUGCGCAUGACGAGCCAAUUCGCUGCGUAGAGUCCUUUCAGGCCAACGGCACUCCCAUGCUGGUGACAGGCAGCUGGGACAAGACGGUGAAGUACUGGGACUUGCGACAACAAACGCCCGUCGCCUCAUUGGACGUCAAGGAGCGCGUCUACACCAUGGAUGUCCGUAACGACCAGAUGCUCGUGGUCGGCACGGCAGAACGAUGGAUUCACGUGAUCGACCUCAAGAACCCCACAACCUUCUUCAAAUCAAUGCAAUCACCUCUCAAAUGGCAGACCCGAGUUGUCAGCACUUUCGCUGACGGUACCGGCUUCGCCGUCGGCAGCAUAGAAGGCCGCUGCGCGAUUCAAUACAUCGAAGACAAGGAUGCGGGCAGCAACUUCAGCUUCAAGUGCCAUCGACAAACACCACCGAACGACCGCACCAUCAGCAACGUCUUCGCCGUCAACGCCAUCAGCUUCCAUCCCCAACACGGCACUUUCAGCACCGCGGGAUCUGACGGCACGUUCCACUUCUGGGACAAGGACGCAAAGCACAGGCUGAAGGGCUAUCCUGAGGUUGGUGGCACCAUCAGCGCAACGGCGUUCAAUCGCACUGGCAGCAUCUUCGCCUACGCGGUCAGCUACGACUGGAGCAAGGGCUACCAGUUCAACACCCAGCAGACACCCAACAAGAUCAUGCUUCAUCCGAUUGUGGGGGAUGAGUGCAAGCCUCGCCCGAAGACAACGAAGCGGUAG